CGCGCGGGUGCGCUACGUAAAGGCUCCUCCCACGGGCUCAGGGCGAGGUAUUGCGCAAGCGCGCCCGCCGCGGGCGGGAAGUUUGCCUUCGUUCGCUUGCCGUAGCGGCGCCCCUGACAGGAGAUUUGGCACUGGGACGAGGUUCUGCGGUGGCUGCCGUUCACGUGCAGGAAUGUCUGGAACAGAAUUGACAAGAAAUGGAAUCAGCAGCAGCAAUGCUAGCUCCAGUAUGUGGUUUGGACAGUGUCAGUAUACAGCAGAUGAGUACCAGGCCGUCCAGGCUGCCCUGCGACAGAGAUUGGGCCCAGAAUACAUCAGUAGCCGGCAAGCUGGAGGAGGACAGAAGGUUUGCUACAUUGAAGGGCACAGAGUCAUCAGUCUGGCCAAUGAGAUGUUUGGCUACAAUGGCUGGGCUCAUUCUGUCACUCAGCAGAAUGUCGAUUUUGUGGAUCUUAAUAAUGGCAAGUUCUACGUGGGGGUCUGUGCCUUUGUGAAAGUCCAACUUAAGGAUGGCUCAUACCAUGAAGAUGUUGGUUAUGGAGUAAGUGAAGGCUUGAAGUCUAAGGCCUUGUCCCUAGAAAAAGCAAGGAAGGAAGCUGUUACAGAUGGACUGAAGAGGGCACUGAAGUGCUUUGGUAAUGCUCUUGGGAAUUGCAUCUUGGACAAAGACUACUUGCGAUCAGUGAAUAAGCUUCCUCGCCAGAUGCCUCCAGAUUUUGAUUUGAGCAAUGCUAAAAGACAGGAUUUUGAGCCUGCUAUAGAAAAGGCAAGAUACAAUAGCUGCUUGAAGAAGACAAGCGAAGACCACCAGCAGUUUUCUACAGUGACUCCUGUUAAAACUGAGCAGUUAGAAUCUUCUUUGAGUACUGUUGAACAAGAUCAGCAAAGCAGUGAGGUCUUGCUGUGUGAUGCAACAUACCACCGAAAGUUGCGGCAGAAACAACUUCAGCAGCAGUUCAGACAGCAGAUGCAGAAGAAACAGCAAAUCCAGUCAACUACUCCAGCUUGUGAACCUAGAGAUCAAGAAGCAUGUGCUCUUCCUGCUAUUAAGCACAGCACUUCAGCACAGCUGGAACCCGCAGUGGAAGAAGAGUUCCUUGCAGAUGACCUUGAGCUUUGGGACUUAUCUUUGGAGGCCACGGACCUCAGUGUUACCAAUCACAGCACAGCAGCUGUGCCAGCCCAACACCCAGGCACAUCUCGUGGGCAGUAUGACAUUAUGACACGCAGCAGAACGCCACAAAAAAUAAAUAACCAGAGGCCCUGUGCAAAACCUGCACCGCAGCAUCCCUCUACUAGCCCUCGACCUCACAUACCAGCUGAGUGCAGCCCAUACAGAAGGAGCCAAGGGAUGAAGAAGAGAAGGCUGGAGCCUGCAUAGCAGAAGAUGAAUGACUUGACUGUGGUACUUUAUCUGUUCAGGUUUCAGAAUGCAAUUUGCACUCAGAAGUUUCAGAAUGGAGAAUAUUCUUCAGACCUCACUAUAUCCAGCACUAAACAGGAAAAAGGUUGUGCUCAUGAUUUUUCAGAAUUUGAAAGUUUAAAACAUUGCUUUCCAUCACUGUAAAGAAUACCAGUAUUUUAUCCCGUUAAGAUUAACAGAUGAAAUUCCAUAUCCAAAUACAAAACAUUGCUUUAUUCUUAACUUCCUUUAUUGUAAUAGGAAGGAAUCCAUUUUAACAAGGCUGCAUCUUGUAAAGCAAGGCGAACUAUUUUUGUACUAUUUGCCCUUUCUUCAGGAAAAAAAUUAAUAGAAGCAAAGCUGAAGGAAUCUAACAGCAUUUUUAAAAUGUACUCUGAAACAAGAUUAGUGUAAUAGGAGUAGUAAUUAACUUUUGUGGAAUGAAAAGUUUUUUAAGGCUAGGAUGCCAGUGUGCUAAUUAUGCAAUGUGAAUCCUGUUUAUUAAAGUGGUUAAAUUAAAGCUUUUCAUUCAGAAAAGCUGUGUGUUUAGAUGUCCCACUGUAUGAAGACUGGAGCCAGCCACACAUACACUUUUAUCAUAUUUCCCUUGUUCUCUUUCAAAUAAAGAAAAAUGUUGGAGGCUAA